AUGGCAGAAACUGCAGUAUCUUUUGUUGUGCAGCAAUUGUGCCAACUUCUAAUAAAAGAAGGGAAUUUGCUCAGAGGUGUUACAAAAGAUUUCACAGACAUCAAAGAUGAACUUGAGAGCAUCCAAGCCUUCUUGAAGGAUGCAGACAGAAGAGCUAGCAGAGAUGGAAGAGACAACAAUGAAGGAAUAAAAACUUGGGUGAAGCAGCUCAGAGAAGCAUCUUUUCACAUAGAAGAUGUCAUUGAUGAAUACAUCAUGUAUGUUGCACAGAGAAGAAUCAAUCAUCCUGGAUGCAUAGCCUUAAUCAAAAAGAUUGUUCAUAUGAUAAAAAAUUUGAAGCAUCGUCACAGGAUUGCAUCUGAGAUUCAAGACAUCAAAUUAUCAGUUAAUGGAAUCAAAGAAAGAGGUAAAAGUUUUCUGCCUUCACUUGAACGGACAAAUGAUGUCGAACGGCAUGAUCCUCGAGUGGAUUCCCUUUUCAUUGAAGAAACUGAAGUUGUUGGUUUUGAAUCUCCCAUUGUUGAUUUGAUUGGUUGGUUAGUGGAGGAUCGUAGUAAUGAAAGCAUAGUGGUUUCUGUGGUGGGCAUGGGAGGAGUUGGAAAAACCACUCUUGCCAAACAAGUUUUUGACAACCAGAAGGUGAAUAAGCACUUUGAUUAUCGUACUUUCAUCACAGUUUCCCAAUCAUACACUGUGAAAAGGUUAUUCAUAGAUAUGAUAAAGAAAUUUUGUAAAGAGACUAAAGAACCUCUUCCAGAGGGUCUGCAUGAGAUGGAUGAGAAUGCAUUGCGUACAGAAGUGAGACAACGUUUUCAAUCAAAGAAGUAUUUGGUAUUGUUUGAUGAUGUUUGGAAAGAAGAUUUUUCUGAUGAGAUUAAGCAUGCCUUGCCUAAUAAUAACAGAGGAAGUAGAAUCAUAGUCACCACCAGAAUGAUGAGAGUUGCGGAAUUUUUUAAGUCAUCUUUCACGGUUCAUAUUCACCAGCUACAACUUUUGCCUCCAAAUAAAGCACGGGAACUCUUUUGGAAGAAGGCAUUUAGAUCUGAGCCUGGAUGCAUUUGUCCAACAGAACUCAAGGAGAUUUCGAAUGAAAUUGUUCAAAAAUGUGGAGGGUUACCACUAGCAAUUGUUGCAAUUGGUGGUCUUUUGUCAACAAAACCAAAAUCCAUGUCAGAAUGGGGAAAUGUGAGUGAAAAUCUGAGAUUGGAGUUACAGUGUAAUGCACAUCUAGAUGGUAUAACAAGGAUUUUAUCUCUUAGUUAUGAUGAUCUGCCUUACAAUUUGAAAUCAUGCAUGCUGUACUUUGGUAUGUACCCAGAGGAUUACUCCAUCAGUCGUAAGAGACUCACUAGGCAAUGGAUGGCUGAAGGGUUUGUUAAACACGAGGAGAGAAGAACUUUGGAAGAUGUUGCUGAAGAGUACUUGGUGGAGUUGAUACAUAGAAGUUUGGUUCAAGUCUCCAAAGUUGGCUUUGAUGGCAAAGUCAAAAACUGUCAAGUGCAUGAUUUACUACGUGAAAUAAUCAUUGCAAAAAUGAAAGAUUUGAGUUUUUGCCAUUUGUUGCUUGGAGAUGAUGAACUAGAAACAGUUGGGAUAACUAGACGCUUUUCUAUAGCAACUAGUUCCAACAAUAAUGUGUUGGCAAGCACUAGUAACUCAGGCAUUCGCGCUAUUUUUGUUUUUGACAAAGGUGAAUUGCAUGAAGAUUUUGUGAAAAGACUAUUUGCUAAGUUUAAGCUUUUGAAAGUACUUGAUUUUGAAAGUGCUUUGUUCAAUUCUGUUCCUGAUGAUUUGGGAAAUCUUUUUCACCUAAGGUACCUAAACUUGAGUCAUACAAAAGUAAAGGUUCUUCCCAAAUCCAUUGGUAAGCUUCUGAACUUAGAAACUCUGGAUCUAAGACAAACCCGUGUGCAUGUGCUACCAAGGGAGAUAAACAAUCUCACAAAGCUAAGACUUCUUCCAGUUUACUACAGAAAAUAUGAAGGGCAUUAUUCUAUGUUGAACUUUACAACUGGGUUGCAAAUGCAACAUGGUAUUGGAUGCUUGAAAUCACUACAAAAGCUUUACUUUUUGGAAGCAGAUCAUGGUGGAGAAGACCUUAUGGAAGAGCUCAAAAAUUUGAAACAGUUAAGGAAGCUAGGCAUAAGGCGCGUGAAGAGAGGAUAUGGGAAUGCACUAUGUGCUGCAAUAGAAGAGAUGAAACAACUAGAAUCUCUCAAUGUUAGUGCUAUUGCUAAGGAUGAAAUCAUUGACAUGAAUUUAAAGUCAGCUCCAACCAAACUUAGAGUGCUUAAUUUGAAAGCUAAAUUAGACAAGUUACCUGAAUGGAUUCCAAAACUCAAGUACCUUGUUAAGCUAAGGCUUGGUUUAUCCAAGUUAGAAGGUGAUCCACUAGACUCACUCAAAAACUUGCCAAAUCUGUUGCGGCUUAAUAUGUGGGAUGAUGCUUAUGAUGGUGAAAGUUUGCAUUUUCAAAAAGGGGGAUUUCCAAAGCUGAAGGAAUUGGAUCUUUCUCGAUUAAAUAGACUAAGUUCUAUCUCUAUUGACAAAGGAGCUUUGCUAUCUCUUGAACACUUUCGAUUUAACAAUAACCCACAAUUGAAGGUGGUGCCCCAUGACCUCAAACACUUGGAGAAACUACAAUUUCUUGGCUUUGCUGAUAUGCCAAAUGAGUUAGUUGAAAGCAUUGAUCCAGACAAAGGUGGACAAAGCUAUUGGAUUAUCAAGCAUAUUCCCUUUGUACAAAUUCGUAAGAUUGUGGGAGCAGGGUUUCGUGACUAUGAGUUAAGGCGCAUUCCCACACCAGGCAAUGUCUGA